CUUUCCACACACCACGCAAACUUCCAUUUAAAUUUAAUCCCAUUUCAUUUUUCCUCCACAUCUGAAUCCACUCCAAUCUCUUUGCGACAUUUCCACAAACACUUUGCGUGCGUAUUUGUUCGAUGGCGAGGUACGGCGAGGGAGACAAACGGUGGAUCGUGGAGGAGAGACCCGACGGUACUAACGUUCACAACUGGCACUGGGCUGAGACUAAUUGUAUGGAAUGGUCUAGAACUUUCUUCACCAACCUUCUUUCUGACCUCAUUGUCCUUGACGGCGAGGGCAACCUCUUCAUCAAAACCACCACGCUCCGCAACCUCAACGGCGAGGCUUACGUCAACAUCCGUAAGGGUAAGAUCAUCCCCGGCUACGAGAUCAGCCUUACCCUCGCCUGGGAAGGCGAGGCCAAGGAUUCCGAAGGCAAAUCCUUGCUCAAGGUCGACGGCACCGUCGAAAUCCCUUACAUCUCCGACGAGAACGCCGAUGAGGACCCAGACCUCAGGGUCACCGUCAACGACGAGGGACCCGUUGGUAAGAGGCUCAAGGAAGCCAUGCUUUCCAAAGGGAAGCCCUUGAUCCUCGAGAAAGUUAAGGUUUGGGUUCAGAGCAUGGCCAAAGGUGGUCCUGUUAAGGACGAGUUGGAUACCAAGAAGGCGUCGCCGGCGCCGGCGCCGGCGCAGCAGAAUCAGAAUCAGAAUCAUGAGCCGGUACCGGUUGCAACUGCCGCGAAAAGGGAUGGUUCGUCGGAGAAGAAGGAGAGCAAGAAGGGGCGGAAAAGUAUUAGCUUGACGGAGAGGUUCAAUUGCAGAGCGAGGGAUUUGUAUGAGAUAUUGUUGGAUGAGAACAGGUGGAAGGGUUUUACGCAGAGCAAUGCUAGGAUCAGUAAGGAGGUUGGUGGUGAGUUCAGCAUUUUUGAUGGGUCUGUGACUGGAACUAAUAUGGAGUUGCAAGAAGGUAAAUUGAUUGUGCAGAGAUGGAGGUUUGGAAGCUGGAUCGACGGGGUCCAGUCUCUGGUGAGGCUUGUAUUUGAGGAGCCUGAACCGGGAGUUACUGUUAUCAAGCUGACGCAUACUGAUGUGCCUGAAGAAGACCGGUAUGGGAAUGCCACUGUGGUGGAGAACACUGAAAGGGGAUGGCGGGAUCUUAUUUUCCAAAGGAUACGUGCAGUUUUUGGUUUUGGAAUUUGAGGUUUUCCGAAUAGCCUUUCAUGUGUUGUAGAAUUGAAGGAUUUUGAUAUUUUUAAAAUUAAUGGAUUGAUACUGGAUAUUGUGAACCGCAAUGCUCGUGGUUAUUUAUUGAAAGAGUGUCUUCUGAGAUACUUUUAUGCC